AUGGCAGGGGAGAAGCGAGGGGCAUCGACCCCGCUCCUGGGCCUUCCUGACGAACUCCUCGAGGGCAUUGUCCAAUAUCUCGGACCCCACGACACGUAUACAUUUGCCUGCUCUUGCAGGCGGAUGAACAAGGUCACAUCGUCGUCCUUGAUAUGGAGAAGGCACUGCCUUGAAACAUGGCGCCAUUGGGAUACCAAGCGCGACCUGGCGGCGCUAAUAGCUCAGCCGCCGACAGAGACGCAAUGGCGCCAGUUAUAUAGCGAGCGAGCACGCAACGAUCGUGAAAUAUCCGCCUUUUUCAACGAGAUGCUUUCGACUCAGAAAGAUCGGUAUCAUCGCAUCGAGCGUAUAGCAAGUUAUAACGAAGAUGUCGUUGAUCUUCUCAAUGAUCUACUGGACAACACGCCCGAAGAUGCCCAUGAUGUACUGGCGCGACGAUAUCAUGCUGGCACGGUCAUUGCAUCUAUCAACCGAUCAAAAGCCGUCGAGACCUGGCUUAGCAUUGAAGCUGGAAUGUCAGUUGAACUGGAAGACGCGCUAGGUGCAUAUGAGUUGUUUGUGUUACCAGAUUCAAGUCAAGGCUGUGGAUAUCUCAAGGCAGAGCUCGACCAAAUCGCCCAGCGCAUCCGGAUAUGUCACCCAGGAAUGGAAGCAUGGUCCACUCGGCAGAAGGCGCUGGCGAUAGCGCGAUAUCUACGCUGUGAGAAUAUAGUCGGCAUGCUCAACGAAGGACAGUAUCAUGCGUUGCAGAACAACUACCUGAGCACCGCUUUCAAAGAGCACUCCUCGCUCCCAUUGCAAUCAGUUGCUCUGUACUGUGCCGUAGCCAGAAGAUUGGGUGUUGACGCAAGUCCUUCCAAUUAUCCUCAACGCGUCCAUGCUGUCGUCAGCGAAAGCUCUAACCGGACCAUCGACGCCGCAGAGAGCACAGCAACUGCGGAGUGGACUCCCGAGCGUAUUUACCUGGAUCCUUGGGGCUCGGACGAAGAGGUAUCAGAAGAUCAUCUCCGAACUAGGCUCGCGCAAAUGGGCAUUCCCCUCCAUGAACAUGACGAUUACCUUGGUCCGGCUUCCGUUAUUGAAAUGACACGGCGUACCGCACGCAACAUUAUGGUGUCUGUGGAGGAAGCCCGCCAUCGUCCAGCAUCGCAAGUAUCUCAUUUGGAUAUCGAGGCAGCUUGGUAUAGCAUGCUUUGGGUUAUGGUCAUUCUGGGGUAUGGGGAUGAUGCCACGGCUGGAGCUCGCCGUCGACAGUUUAUUCCGUACCUCAUUGAGCACUUCCAGACACAUUUCCCGGAGGAUCUCGGCCUGCUUGAGAAGCUGCCAGCUCUUUUCGAGGGUCAAGGGGAACACCAGCCGCUACUCGAUAUGAUCGUAGCAUCACGCAACUCGGACUGUGCGGAGAGAGUUGCAAGGCCCCGAAGCGCUCCUAACGCUGGUGUGAUGUACAAGAUUGGACAUUACUUUAGACACAAACGCUAUAGUUAUGAGGGAUUCAUUGUCGGGUGGGAUGCUCACUGCAAUGCGGGUCCGCGAUGGAUUGCGCAGAUGCGGGUUGACGACUUACCUCGCGGGCGGGAGCAGCCAUUCUAUAAUAUCGUCGCUGACGAUAAGAGCACACGAUACGUGGCGGAAGAGAACAUAGAGCUCAUUCAGGUCAAACCCUCAGGGGUGUUGAUGGACCUGGCAGGGAGAUACUUUAAGCGCUGGGAAGACUCUACACAGAAAUUCGAGAGCAACAUUCGCGACGAGUACCCGGAUGACUAG